AUGUCGACAAACGACCAGCCCCCGAUCUCAUCCAAUUCGCGCAAUAAAUUGAAUGCUUUUCGCUUUCAGAAACAGACUUCAGAUGAUCGAUCGGCAAAGAACGAGUCGAAAAAGCCUCAUGGGAACAAGGAGAACCAGAGCUCGUGGUUGAACGGCGUCGUUGAUCCAAUGCACACAUCGCCUGAUAAAGAAGAUGCUUCCGAAGCUCUUCGAAAUGUCACCCAGGAGGCUGUUUCCCAGGGACCUCAAGAGGCCAAAUCGAUCAAAGAGUGUCCGAAGACUCCGGGGAACCGAAUCCCUCUAGCAGACCUAAUUAGCAAUGCCGAAGACUCAUUUAACCCCGCGCCAGGUCCAGAAGUGACACCGCAAGAACCAUUGGAUCUUCAAUCCAUCCAGGCCCUGUUCAAGACACCUCAACAUGAUAUAGCCGCCGAACUAUGGAAUAAUUACAUGGACAAGAACAUGAUGGAGAGCUCUGAAGAAUUGCCACCCCCGCGAUUGGCAAAUCUUCUUUCUUCAUCUCCGCAAACCCCAGGUUCAGGGAGAACAAGCCGGAAUUCCUCUGCUAUGAGACGGUCUAUCAGUUGUGCAGCGGAGUGGCCUACUUCUCGGGCAAAGAGGAGGCGGGUUAACAGACAAGCUCCGGACUCCGGGCGAGGCCUCUUCUCGCGGGCAAACAGCAACGUGUUGGAUUCAGGGAACUCUGGGAAAGGCAAAUCGUCCCGAAUCAAUUUUCUGAUAGAAAAGAUCGAAAAGAGCCUCCACCCACCGCGACCUGCUGAUGUAGUGCCGCCGAGAUCUUCGCCUCUGCGACAACGUAUCGACGCCGAACGAUGUCGAUCCUCCUCCCCUACCAUGGAUCGAAAGGGUCUUGGGGGCUCUGAUGCUGCCCAGGCGUCUGUUCACGCCACAAACCGUGAGGGCUUAGGACGUGCUCAACUCCCAGUACUUCCCGAGUCUUCUUCAGAGUUUGGAGAUGAUGACCUCGAUCAAGACCUGAUGGAUCUGGCUGAUGCCGCUGCAGACCAAUUUAUUACACCAGCACCAGCACCGCUAAGCGCUGAUGAAUUCGGGUCACUCGGCCCUUCAAGCUGGUCCAAGAUUGCGGCCGAGAAGCCGCAGUCAAGCUUUGGGAAACCGCCGACAAUUGACCAGAAACUACCCAUUGUGAAUAAGAUAACGAAUAACGAAACCAAUGUUGACGCCUCGGACGAGUUCGAUGAUGAAUUUGGGGACUUCGGGGAGAACUUCGAUGCGAUCCUUGCUGAAUGCGACAAGAAGCAGAGCACCCAAGGACAGCUGGCUGUCAAGACGGAGCUUGCUCCUAUUGCCCCUCCGGCGGGGGAUGCCUCUUCCCGUGCCGUAUUGAAUCAGGACGCCCAAGCUGAGGCUGCGUUCUCGGAAGAUGAAUUUGACGAUGACUUUGAUCUCGAUGAGAUCGAGCAAACCAUGAAGCAAACAGGUGCCGAUAGAGCCUAUAAUUUACAAAACCGCCAAGCUAUCAAACGGUAUUCAAUUGUGAACUUCGCUGAAGGCACCUAUGUUUGCCCCAGAGGACGUACUCAGCCUGAACAGGUUUUGUCAGUUGAAGAUGAGAGGACUGGGGCGCGCAAGGUGAUUCUGCUGCGAGAAUCAUGGUUCGAUACGCCUUGCAGUAAAGGAUCAUCUGUUCACUUAGUCGGUGAUUUUGAUGCCUCUGGACAGUGUGUCAUAGACAAUACCAGCAACAUGAUUAUUUUGCACCCGGACCACCUCAUCUCCGCUACAGUGGUGGCAGACUCGAUUGAUUGCCAGAGAAGAGCUGUGUUACAGGAUCGCAUCAAGACCUUCAGUCAACUUGAGCAACCUCAGCUGUUCGGGACCCUUUUCCACGAAGUGUUUCAAGAAGCAUUGAAAGCGAACAAAUGGGACUUGGUCUCGUUAAGAUCUCUUGUAGAAGGUGUCCUGGUGCACCACAUCGAGGAUCUCUAUGCUAUCAAUAUGAGUGAGAAAGAAGCCGCGGAGACUAUCAUGAGCAAGGUUCCCACCGUUCAAGCUUGGGCGGAGAUAUUCCUUCAUGGCAAACCACAGGCCGACUCAUUGGUGGAAGAUCGCCAUGGAGCAAAACUCAACUUGAGCAUAAGCCGUCUUCUUGAAGUCGAAGAGCAUAUCUGGUCACCGAUGUAUGGGCUGAAGGGUAAUAUCGAUGCCACUGUACAAGUGACAUGUCAAGAAGAUGAUGGGCAGAAAAAUCUUGUCAUACCGCUUGAAUUGAAAACUGGAAAACGAGAUACAAAUCAUAGCCACAGAGCUCAAACGGCACUUUACACCCUUCUUCUCUCAGACCGUUAUGACGUUGAUGUAACUUUCGGACUUCUUUACUAUCUGGAGACUUCUCGGACUUUGAGCAUCCGUGGUAUUCGUCAUGAACUUCUCCAGAUGAUUCAGGUUCGCAACCGAUUGUCAGUCUACGUCCGAGAAAGAGCCCAGCUUCCCCCAAUGCUGAAGAAGCCGCGCAUGUGUACUAGAUGCUAUGCCAAAACCCCAUGUCUCAUUUAUCACAGGCUUAUGGAGGACGGCAACGGCGAAACAAGUGGCUUGGGUGAUGAUUUCGAGGCCGAUACAAAUCAUCUGACAGAAAAGGACCGUGAAUUUUUCCAAAAAUGGGAUAGCCUUCUGACUAAAGAGGAGGGUAACCUCAUUAAGUUCCGACGAGAGCUGUGGACUCUUCUGAGUAGCGAGCGAGAGUCUUUGGGCCGAUGUUUUGGGGAUGUCGUGAUUGAUCCUCAGACCAAGUUUGAAGAUCACAAGGGAGCCAAGAUCAAUCGCUACCGUUACACUUUUUGCAAGAAGCAGGCAAAUCCCAACUUCUCAUUCGCAGAUUCUCAAAUUGUCGUUGGUGAGCCUGUGGUGAUUUCCGACGAGAAAGGCCACUUUGCUCUCGCCAAUGGCUAUGUCCUGCAUGCAUCAGGGAAAUCGAAAGGGAACGAGCUAGCCGAAAUCGAAGAUCCUUACGAACAAGUGACGUAUCGUAUUGACAAGGAUGAGUUCAGCAAUGGCAUGGCCAACAUUCGGAAUAAUCUCGUUUGCAUGAUGGACAAGGAUCUCUUCCAAGCAAAACACUUGAGACGACUCAUCAUCCAGAAUGAAGCUCCUGUGUUCAAGCAACCAUCCUCUGCAUGCACCAUGGCUGACCAAGCAAGUCUUAAUGUCGACCAGAGGCAAGCUGUCAAGAAAGUCAUGAGUGCCCGGGACUAUGCUUUGGUUCUCGGCAUGCCAGGAACUGGGAAGACAACGACUAUUGCCCACCUCAUCCGUGCACUUGUCGCGCAAGGCAAGAGUGUCUUGCUUACAUCCUACACACAUACCGCAGUGGACAAUAUCUUACUGAAGAUACGGGAUGACAACAUUCGUAUCCUGCGGCUCGGUGCAGCUUCCAAGGUCCAUCCAGAAGUGGAAAAGUUUGCAGAUCUCGCAGCAAUUCCCAAGAGGACAGUCGAAGAACUCAAAGACUCUUACGAAAAGUCGCAAGUUGUUGCCUCAACUUGCUUGGGUAUUAACCAUCAAAUCUUCAACCAGCGCAUCUUCGAUUACUGCAUUGUGGAUGAGGCUUCACAGAUCACACUUCCUGUUUGCGUUGGUCCGAUACGCAUGGCCAGAACUUUCAUCCUGGUCGGUGACCAUUUCCAGCUUCCGCCGCUUGUUCAAAACAAAGAGGCCCAAGAGGGAGGUCUUGAUAUCAGCCUCUUCAAGCUACUCUCUGAUACUCAGCCCGAUUCAGUCGUCAAUUUGGAGCACCAAUACCGUAUGUGUGAGGACGUAAUGCUUCUUUCGAAUGAACUCAUUUACUCUGGUCGUCUGAAAUGUGGCACUCCAGAGGUUGCCGCCCGCUCACUUGAUAUACCCAACAUAUCAGCUCUUGAGCAAUUUCAUUCCAGUGAUACCUGUUCUUCUUGGGCCUCUCACAACGGUGCGAUGUGUCCUGGCAUGGGCUAUGGGAAGUGCUGGUUGAACGAUCUCUUGGCACCAGCAGCCAAGACACGUCUUGUCAACACAGAUCCGCUUGGGACAGCAGCUCUCGAGGUGGCUCAAGGCCAACGGAUUGUCAACCCGAUGGAGGUCUCUCUUUGCUCCCAGCUCGUGGAAUCAUUCAUUGCCUGUGGUAUUCCAGCUCGCAACAUCGGUGUCAUCACAUUCUAUCGCAGCCAACUUUCCCAACUACGCCAGAGCCUGCGUCGAUACGCCCCAGACCUAGAAAUGCACACAACAGACAAGUUCCAAGGCCGUGAUAAAGAGAUCGUGAUACUCAGCUGUGUCCGUAGCAACGCUGAAAGCCAUGUUGGUGAGCUACUUAAGGACUGGCGUCGAGUCAACGUUGCCUUCACCCGCGCCCGUACCAAGCUUCUUGUGCUCGGCAGCAGAUCAACCCUCCGUGAUGGCAACGACCUUUUGAAAAAAUAUGUCCGGCUUAUGGAAGGAAAGGACUGGGUCUACAAUCUGCCUCCGAGCGCCGCCGAGAAUCAUGUCUUCCACUCGACCAUACUGGACUCCUCGCAGAUACCCAUUUCUCCAAGUGCAGCCAAAGCACUUAAAUCACCAGGCAGCAAGAAGAGUCCGCCGAUCAAGCCUGAAGGCCAAGUCCGUCUACCGCUCAGCCCACUUGGUUCUGAGGGAAAUAGAUUAGGGUUGCGGAAACCGGCUAAGAAGGGCCUGAAAGUACAUGACAACAAGAUUCCCACAAAUUCACCCAUCACGCGGGACUUGAUAAACGAGAUGAAAGGUUGA